CAGCCUUUCGAUUCGGGAGUAGCAGAUACACAAGUGAUCGGAUUUGUCACGGGAGAUUCACUAUCGGUGGCCGUCAGUGCCGUGCGUGGUGGUGCACGCGGUUCAUUAAUCUGUGAUCGCAAUUAAUUUCGAAGAAUGUGACCUUUCGCUGCUCGAUUUCUCAUUCUCCGAUAUUAUCGCACGACGACUUGUACAUACGUCGUCGUAUUUUUGGAUACGAUCGGCGGGUCGCGUCUAGGCGGAUACAGGAUUCGAUUACGAGGUGAGGCACUCAGCGAAGCAAGAUUACAUUUCGCGAUAUGACGCGUGCGUGACGAGAAGAUCGUCCGCAUCUGUUCUCGUGAAGGUCGUCCGGGCUUGAAGCUGUCUUACCGAGACAGAUGGCCGUGGUGCCAAGGCCGUUCCCCGUGCCAUGUUCUUUGACCCUUUCUAAAUCCUUGACAAUCGAUAGGGAAGCAUGCGUAUGCACUGGUUCGUGAAUCCCGCGUCGAACAACUCGGCGCGCAAACGGCUACCCUCGAAGGCUACGAUCGGAGGCGACCUGGAUCUGGAAAGGGGGUAGUGAGGUUAGGAGGCUGCGGUCAGCCAUGAAGAGCCCGGCGACAUCCCAGCGCUUGAACGGGACCAGCGCGCAUCCUGUCCCGUCGUCGAGCCUACAGACGUCAGGUAGCGCCAAGUCCCGUCACAGCAAUACCGUCAACAGCUUUCAGGUGAUGAAAGUCGCUGGACGCGAGUCCGGCUGCUACAUCGCCAGCAACAUCGCGCCGAAGAUCGGCAAGCAGCAGUUGGUUUCCUUGAAUGGGGACACAGUACGUUGCGACAGUGUCAACGUCGACGAGGCACUGGCAUGCGACGUGGCACCCAUACCGGCAGCGAAGACUAAAGCUCUGUGCGUGCACAUACGGGAGAAUAAAUGGUACGACGCCGGUAAUGUGAUCUCGGUCGGAGUAGCGGGAACCAGCCUGAAUCAUGCCUUGGAAAGUAUGUCCUUGGCUUACAAUCCUUCCACGAAACAAUUGUAUUCUAUGGAGGAGACCAGAGCGCCUGGCAGUGCACAAAUCGAUUGUACUUCUCAAUACCUGGAGUCUCCAUGUGCCGAUAAGGAACAAACAUCGAACGUGAAACUUGACAUGGACAAAUAUAUGAAGCUCGAGAAUGUCAGUGCGAACAGCAGUCCAAGGAACAGCCUGCCACGAUCGUGCAGUAGCACAGUGUCUUCCCUUAGCGAGAUAUCACCUUCAGGUAGCUUUCUAGGGUCUGACGAGCAACACGUUGUAGAAAAGAGUGACAAGGCACUCAAACGUUGGGGUUUGAAUACGCUUUUUACAAAGAAUGUGUUUUCCUGGAAGAAUAAGGGGUCCCAACAGUCAACGCCUACUGGUAGUCCAUCGAGAACUAUCGACAAAGUAGGUGGUAGCACAGCUUUAAUUCAGCAGCCGCGACCAGCGAAUUUACCAGCUAAGAAUGCGCUCGAGGAAGAACGCCAUCGUAAGCAAUAUAAUGCUAUUUUAGAAGCAGCAAGGAAGAGAGAAUUGCGCGAAGAAAAAGAGCGUAAACAGCAACGAGAGUAUCAACUUAAAGAAGAAAAGAGAUUAGCCGAGGAUUCCAAUAUGUGGAAUACACAUGUUUUACCCAAGUUUGAAAGUGUUAAGAAUACGAAAAAAGUAAGGGAGCUGUGGUGGCGCGGCUUGCCACCAAGUGUCCGUGGUAGAGUUUGGAAAUUAGCGAUUCCGAAUAAUCUGAGUAUAACACCGCAUCUCUAUAAUCUUUGCUUAGAUAGGGCAAUGUCGUGCCCUAAUAAUGAGUCAUUAGCUGCUAUCAGAUUAGACGUAUCUCGUACCUUUCCUACCUUAUGUGUCUUUCAAGAGGGUGGACCAUUAUUCGAUAGCCUUCAGGGUAUCUUGGCAGCAUAUGCCGUAUACAGACCGGACGUAGGCUAUGUGCAAGGUAUGAGCUUUGUGGGUGCUGUAUUGUCAUUAAACAUGGAACCAGCGGACGCCUUUGCUUGCUUUGCGAAUCUGUUAAAUCAUCCUUGUCACAGGGCCGCCUUUACAUUGGACCAAAAGAGAAUGAAUACUUAUUAUAAAGUAUAUUCCAGUGCUCUUGCGCAUAAGCUGCCAAAAGUCUUUUCCCACUUUACCGUAGCUGGAUUAAGUCCAGACCUGUAUCUAUUAGAUUGGUUGUAUACUAUAUAUGCCAAAGCAAUGCCUCUUGAUGUCGCAUGUAGAGUCUGGGAUGUCUUUCUCAGAGACGGAGAUGAGUUCCUUUUCAGAACAGCGUUAGGAGUGUUGCACUUGUAUCAGGAAGAGUUAUUGAAAAUGGACUUUGUACAUGGCGCACAGUUUCUUACUAGAUUACCAGAAAAUUUACAAGCCGAAUCUUUAUUCAACAGUAUUAGCCAGAUGUCUACUACUGUUGGGACAACAACGUUUCAGCAAAUGCUGGUUCAAUUUUCUUCGUAAUUUAGUAUAUUAACAAAUUUAGCAAAAUUGAAAUUUUCUUAUUGUGAUCAAAACAUCUGAAUCUUUGUGCAAACAAAUUUCAUACUUUAUUGUCAUUUGGAGUUAAAAAUUUAGCAACCUGUCUGAAAUUUUCGUAUUUGAU